CGCUGCCUCCUCCCUCUUUCCUCCUCCUCCUCCCGGGCGUCAUGGCCGCCUCGAAGCCCGUGGAGGCGCCGGGCGGCGGCGGCACGGCCGGGCUGUCCCGCUGGCAGCUGGCGCUGGUGCUGGGCGCGCCCGUCCUGCUGGGCGCCGGCGCGAUCUACCUGUGGGGGCGGCGGGCGGCGCGGCGCGGGAAGGGCGCGAACGAGCGGAAGACCCCCGAGGGGCGGGCGAGCCCCGGGCCCGGCGGCGAAGGCGGCUCCGGGCAGCCCGACGGGCCCGGACACGAGGAGAUGAGUCCUCUUGGUAGAGCCCAAGCAGCCAAGAACAAAGGAAACAAAUACUUUAAAGCAGGAAAAUAUGAGCUAGCUAUUCAGUGUUACACUGAGGCUAUCAGCCUGUGUCCUCCUGAGAAGAACCUGGAUCUUUCUACCUUCUAUCAAAACAGAGCUGCUGCCUAUGAACAACUGCAAAAAUGGACAGAAGUGGCACAAGACUGUACAAAGGCUGUUGAGCUUAACCCUAAAUAUGUCAAAGCUCUCUUCAGACGUGCGAAGGCCCAUGAGAAGCUAGACAAUAAGAAGGAAUGUUUAGAAGAUGUCACGGCCGUCUGCAUUUUAGAAGCCUUCCAAAACCAGCAAAGUAUGUUAUUAGCUGAUAAAGUUCUUAAACUCCUUGGAAAAGAAAAGGCCAAAGAGAAGUACAAGAAUCGGGAGCCUCUGAUGCCCUCACCACAGUUCAUUAAAUCCUACUUCAGUUCUUUCACAGAUGAUAUAAUUUCCCAGCCUUUGCUUAAGGGUGAGAAAUCAGAUGAAGAUAAGGACAAGGAGGGAGAGGCUUCUGAAGUAAAAGAAAACUCUGGCUAUUUGAGAGCAAAACAAUAUAUGGAAGAAGAGAACUAUGACAAAAUUAUCAGUGAAAGCACAAAAGAAAUUGAAGCAAAGGGAAAAUACAUGGCAGAAGCUUUGCUUCUGCGAGCUACUUUCUACUUACUUAUUGGCAAUGCAAGUGCUGCCAAACCAGACCUAGAUCAGGUCAUCAGCAUGGAAGAUGCAAAUGUGAAGCUGCGGGCCAACGCUCUGAUCAAGCGGGGCAGCAUGUACAUGCAGCAGCAGCAGCCCGUGCUGUCCACUCAGGACUUCAACAUGGCUGCUGACAUUGACCCGCAGAACGCUGACGUUUACCACCAUCGAGGACAACUGAAAAUCCUGCUUGACCAAAUUGAGGAGGCUGUGGAAGACUUUGAUGAAUGUAUCCGAUUGCGACCCAAUUCCGCCUUGGCGCAAGCACAGAAAUGUUUCGCUCUGUAUCGCCAGGCUUAUACAGGAAGUAAUGCUUUGACUGUGCAAGCAGCCAUGAAAGGCUUUGAAGAUGUCAUUAAAAAAUUUCCCAAGUGUGCCGAGGGCUAUGCACUCUAUGCUCAGGCACUAACUGAUCAACAGCAGUUUGGCAAGGCUGAUGAAAUGUAUGAUAAAUGCAUUGACCUUGAGCCAGACAAUGCCACUACCUAUGUUCAUAAAGGUUUACUUCAGCUCCAGUGGAAGCAAGAUUUAGACAAAGGAUUAGAACUCAUAAGCAAGGCCAUUGAAAUUGAUAACAAAUGUGAUUUUGCAUAUGAGACCAUGGGAACGAUUGAAGUGCAAAGAGGUAAUCUGGACAAAGCCAUUGAAAUGUUCAACAAAGCUAUCAACCUGGCCAAAUCAGAAAUGGAGAUGGCCCACCUCUACUCACUCUGUGAUGCUGCCUAUGCCCAGACAGAAGUUGCAAAGAAGUAUGGAUUGAAACCACCAACACUGUAAAGAAACAAGGAGGAAAUGACCUUCCAAAGUGAAGCUGCCCACUUCAGCCAGCCCUAAAGACGCUGUUGCAGACCAUGCUGAAUGGUGGAACUUAGUUUUUUCCCGUUCGUGGUGUUGUCAUUUGCUACAUCUGUUAAAUGUUUAGGUGUUGUGGGAGUGGUUGUUCAAGGAAGUAUGCAGUGCUGCACCUUGUUCCUUCUGCAGCAAAAACCUUAGAGUGUUUUAAGGGAAAUAAAGUCGCAGGGGAACCAAAGGAACAUAUUCUGGCCAUGCAAAUAAAAACUUCAUACUGGUUCAUUUUGGGUGAUUAUGUUGUGGGCGAUUUUUGCUUUAUCAAAUAAUAUUACAGCAUGUGGGGUUUUUUCCUGUUGAUUUUAAAGAUAAUACUAGUCAGUGCUGUAAAAUAGGUUUCUUUUUUAUAUACAAUUAAUCCUUGAGGGUUGAUUUUAAUUUUGCAAAAAUUAAUUUUCAAACUUUAUUAAUAGAGGGUUUUUUAAGUCAGUAGACGUGGAGAGAAUCCCUGUAAAUAUAUGCAAGCAUGCACAAUCUUCCCCUAAAUCCCCUUCUUCCACCCUCUGCAUAACUUAAUUAGAAAUAGUCCUGUGGCAGCUAUCAGGGAAUUAAUUUGAUAGUCCAUAUUCUCACCCCAGGAAGCCCUACAGUACUGCAUAGGAGAGCUAGGAAAAAGGUUGGCUGCGGAAGGAGGUCAGGUAACAUUGCUUCAGUGUAGACUUUACUGGAAGAAAGAAUGUAUUCCUGUGCAGCAGUCCUUACUUGAAUGUCAGAGGAAAUUGUUCUGGAGGGUUCAGAAAAGAACCCUCAAGAACCUCAAGAAAAGAAAGCUCUGCUGGGAGUCAAGCUCCGAAAGGUAAGGUCAUGCUUGCAUAUAAUCUUUGGAAUCUCUGAUGCUUCUGCAUAAAUGUAGCAGCUGAUAGACUGUCUAAAUUCUCUUCACUCUCUAGAGAUUACUGGGUUAUGAUCUCCUUUAAGAGCCCCUUGGCAGGAUUAAGUGAGAUAAGGAACAAAGCAUAGGCUCAAACUUCCAAUAAUGGAUUCGCAAUCGGCACUCAUCUCCUUGUUCUGUAGACCGUGUCUUGUCCAAGAUUACAAAUACUGUAGAAAGGAAGCAAUUGUGCUGCAUACAGCAGACAGGCAAAUUAUGAAAGUUUUCCUCUUGUUAGGAACUUCACAGAGGGCCCUCUUGCUUUGGGUUCAUCUUUCUGGUGUGGAAGUCAGUCCAUCUUGCCUUUCCCUGGACUGAUGUGGCUGGACAAACCUCAUGCAAAUAAUGUAGCUUAAUUUAUGACACACUAGUUUGGGUUUCUUUCCAUCCUGAAAUCAUAGAUGUGUUUGUGGUGAAUUGUCUAAUGUAUUUAAGCUUUUACAGAAAUGAAUGAUGCUGUAGUCAAACUGUCUUGGUCUGUAGUUGUGCCACCACACAGCAGCAGCUUGCGUUUUCAACUUGACCUUCCUUUCUCCCAGCAACAGGAGUACUGUUGAGUAUUCAAAUGGUGGAGAGUAGACAUAAAGAUUGAAUCAUUACUUUAAUGGGUCAUUAGGUGAUCUGAAAUCAUAGCACUGGUGUGGAAUUGAAGAUAUGGGAAGGUACUGGCAGCUUCUAGGGGCACUGAACGUAACAAGUGUCAAAUGUCUUCUCCAACUCCCAAUCUCUAUCAAUUACCUGAGAACAAAAAUAUGCCAGACUGACGAGUCCUGUUCUCUGAGGAGUUUUUAUUCGCAUGGCCUUACUUACAUUGGCAUUUUCUCCUCAUCACCCCAUCUGUACCCCAUUCCUUACCCCACCCAAUCAGUUAAGGGAAAAAAGCAUGUGCUGUCAAUUACUAGCAUUCCAAAUCAUCACAGACUUUUGCCUGUUCUGCAACUAGUUUGAAACUGCACUGAAAGGAUGCAUUGUCUGUAAUUUUUUUGUAAAUGACAUAUCACCUGUAAACUGAAAAAAUAAAUACUACCUUCAAGUA